CACGUUGUUGUGUAGGAGUCAGGAUGCGGGGAACGUUGGUGUUGUUUGUCAGUCUUUCUCUCCUCCAGGGUACAAUGUCUCAGACUCCUCCUGAAGGGGACAGCCUCACGGAGUGCACAGAUGGUUAUGAGUGGGAUGUACAGAGUCAGCACUGUAAAGACAUCAACGAGUGCGUGACCAUCGCCGAACCCUGCCAGGGAGAGAUGAAGUGUUUCAACCACUACGGCGGUUACCUGUGUCUCCCGCGCUCCGCAUCGGUCAUCACCGCCCCUGAGCCCUCCAGUCAGGCGCCCGCCGGCCCGCCGCCUCAGUCCAACGAGGCCUUCGGCUCGUGCCCAGUGGGCUACCAGGUCCAGGGGGAGAGCUGCGUGGACGUGGAUGAGUGUAUACUGGACCUUCAUGACUGCCAGCCCAGUCAGCAGUGCCUUAACACUGUGGGAACCUACAGCUGCCAAUGUCCAGAGGGGUAUAGCAAGAUUGGCCUGGAGUGUGUGGACGUUGAUGAGUGCAGAUACAGAUACUGUCAGCAUCGCUGUGUGAACUUACCUGGCUCUUUCUCUUGCGAGUGUGAGCCCGGGUUUCAGGUGGCUGGGAACAACCGUUCAUGUGUGGAUGUGAAUGAGUGUGACAUGGGCGCCCCCUGUCAGCAGAGAUGCUACAACACGUAUGGAAGCUUCCUCUGUCGCUGUGAACAGGGCUAUGAGUUGGGACCAGAUGGCUUCAUAUGCAAUGAUAUAGAUGAGUGUAGCUACUCCAGUUACAUGUGCCAGCAUCAGUGUGCCAACGAGCCGGGGAGGUUCUCCUGCAUCUGUCCCGAGGGAUACCAGCUACUGGGCACCAGACUCUGCCAAGAUGUGAAUGAAUGUGAGACAGGCACACACCAGUGUGAGGAGGGCCAGACCUGUGUUAACAUCCAUGGGGGUUAUCACUGCACAGACCACAACCGCUGCCAAGAGCCCUAUGUCCAGGUGUCAGACAAUCGCUGUGUUUGCCCAGUCAUCAAGCCAGAGUGUCGUGAACUCCCAUUCUCCAUCGUCCAACGCUACAUGAGCAUCACUUCAGAACGAUCCGUCCCCUCUGACAUCUUCCAGAUCCAGGCCACCAGCGUCUACCCUGGAGCCUACAACACCUUCCGCAUUCGCUCCGGGGAUGACAAUGGGGAAUUCUACAUACGGCAAAUAAACAACAUCAGUGCCAUGCUGGUUCUGGCCCGUGCCAUAACCGGGCCCAAGGAGUACACUCUGGAGCUGGAGAUGGUUUCAGUCAACCCCCUCAGGAGCUAUAAGACCAGCUCUGCCCUACGACUAUCUGUCUUUGUCGGACCUUACGCCUUCUGAGGAGAGAGACUGAGGCGCAAGGAGUGGAGUGUGGGAGAGAUGAGAGGAAUCUGAGGCGGGGACGUUUAUCAGACUCAUUACUGCUACACACGUAUCUUAGAAAGAAAUACUCAGUUGUGAAACUAUCCUUCCAUAAUCCUGUGAGUCACCACACACAGCAGUGGUGGCUGGUGAUGCUUUAAAUCAGAGGACCAGCUGAAUGUAGUGGCUAUCAGAAACAUGUUUUUGAGACUGAUGCGUUUUGUUCUGUUCCAGAAAUAGGUAGGUGUCCUUCCCUCCACCAGCCUCCCCUGACAGCAUGUUACACUGACAUAGGGUACCCAUGGCUGGCAAGCGGUUCCAUCACAGUAGGUCAGGACAUCCCAAUCAGUCGUUUUCCAUUAGAGUUCCCUAAUGCAAACAUGUAAACCUAUUACAAGUUUUUUUGUUGUUGACCAUAACACAGUAGGAAUCGACAGUCUGCAGCAUAUUUUCAAUAGUCUUUGCAGCACAGGAGACUAGACAAAUUAUUAGAGGUCCAUUAUCUUGUUACCAAGGCAACUGAUAAAAUCAUCUAUUAAAUGCUAGCAUUUGAACCCAUGUUCUUUUUCUGUUCUUCAGGGUCUGUCUUUUACCCUUUAUGUCCUGUAUACGAGAUUCACUGGAAAUAAUUAACAUUGUUGUUUUGAUAUUUUACUAAAAUAAAAAGACUGCUUUAAAAUCUG